AUGAAACCAAACAUAUACAAAUACUCUUUUAGACAUAGGGACAACGAUUCUGUGCACUGGAGUCCACCGCUUAGGGGCACCCUGAAGAUCAAUGUGGAUGCUCACCUAAGCAGUGAUGGCCAUUGGUCAACAUGGCUGGUUCUGAGACGGUCAGAUGAAAGCGCCGUUGGAGCUGCAACUAGGGUUCAUAAAGGGGUAGCGGAUGUAGUAACAGGAGAGGCGAUGGUUUUGAAUGACGCUAUGGAUUGGGUCGAAAAGCUUGGAGAAGACAAGGUAAUCUUUGAACUGGACUCUCAAAUCGUAGUGAAGGCUAUGAAAGAGAAAGCGAAGGUUCGACGGGGAUGGGGUGGUGUGAUUCGACAAUGCAAGCUCUUCCUCGAUGAUAAACCUCAAGCUAACAUCGUUUGGGUUCCUAGGGCUGCAAACAAAGUUGCUCAUGAGUUAGCAAAAUGGGCCGAACACGAGCCCAAUAGAAAAUGGUUAAAUAUUACACCCCCUUGUAUUUGGUCUCUUAUACAAAAAGAUAAGAGCCUUAUUGCUUCUUCUUAG